AUGAAUUUCAAUCUUUCAGAAUCGUUGACUUCAUUCCAAGAAGCUGCUAAGGAUUCAUUUCAAGUUGGUGACGCGGAGGAAUUAUUAGAUAGAAUCACUGGUGCUUUAGCUGUUAGUUCAGAAGCUAUAAAUGAUCAGUCAACUUAUGAAGGUUUAGAAGAGUUGGUUCACGCGUAUCCUUCUUUAAACAAGAGACAACAACAACAAGUCAUCUAUUUGGUCACUUCAAGUACUCAUAAUCAAGCCGAAAAUUCAUCAAAUAUAAUAGAUAAUGGUGAAACUGAUUUAUUCCCAUUACAUAAACAAUAUUUGGAAAUGUAUGCUUAUUUUGCUCAUUGUUUAUUAAGUUAUUUGAGUCUUGAAAAUAUGCCAACUUCAAAUCAUAAUUCAAAAAAAGUUACAAAUCAAGCUUUAGAAAUUUUCAAAAAUAAUUGUACACAAUUAGAAAAUAUAAUGAAUUCUAUAUGUGCUGUUUUCAAAUUAAAUUUAAAUAAAUUAUUUACAACUACCCCUGAAAGAGAUUUAUUUAUAAGUUCAUUUACAAGACCAAUUUAUAUUCUGAUGGAAAAUGAACCAAGAAUUAAAGUUACAAGUGUUAAAAUGUACAUGUUUAAAGUUAUUUCAAUGGCUGUUAAAUUUCAUGGUCAUGGUUCAGCUGCUCAAAGUGCUAUAGUACAAAAUUUAACUUAUUUUAGUCAUUUAAAUGCAAUGAUGGCUGAAUUAUUACAAAUUUUAAAUGAUCAAUAUGAUCAUUUCCAAUUAACUGAAGAUGUUUUAAGAGAAGUUAGUAAUAAAGAAUUUAAUAGUAAUGAUAAUAAUGGUCCAAAGCAAAUCUCUUUAUUUAUUGUUAAAGUUUCAGAAUUAAUCCCAAGAAUCUUAUUAAAACAAAUGACUCUGGUUUCUCAAUUAUUGAAUAAUAGUUCAUAUACUUUAAGAUGUGCAGUGGUGGAAGCUUGUGGUAAUAUUAUUAUUGAAAUAAGUAAAGAUGAAGAUGAAUUAGAACGUUAUAGAAAUCAAGCUUCAGGUUUAUUAGAUUUACUGAUUGAAAGAUUUUUAGAUCAAAAUCCUUAUGUUAGAACUAAAGCUAUUCAAUCAAUUUUAAAAUUAUGUGAAAUUGAUGCUAAAUUUACUAAAUAUCGUCAAACAUUUGUGGAAAUUUCUGUUAGAUCAUUAGAAGAUAAAAGUUCAUUAGUUAGACGUAAUGCCGUUAAAUUAAUGUCACGUCUUGUCUUGACACAUCCAUUUGGUGCUUUACAUGGUACUCAAUUAACUUUAUCUGUUUGGGAAAAAAGAUUACAAGAAGCUCAAAAGGAAUUAAAGGCCCUGGAACCUGCUGAUACAACUGAAGCUGUUGUAGAAAGAAACUUAGAACAUGAUUCUGAUGAAGAAGAUGAAGAAGAACCAGCUUCAAGAAUUGAAAAAGAAAGUGAUACAAAUACAAUUUUUAAAAUUAAAUUAACAAUUAAAUAUUAUGAAGAUGCUAUAGAAUUCAUUCAAUUAAUUCAUCAUGGUGUUGAAGUUGCUUCACAAUUAUUAUAUUCAAAAAAUAAAAAUGAAGUUAUUGAAACUAUGGAUUUUUUCGUUUUAGCUGAUGCUUAUUUUAUUGAAAAUGUUGGAACUGGUAUUCGUCGUAUGUUACAUCUUGUUUGGAUGAAAACAAAUAAUGAUGAAGGUAUGAAUGUUGCAAAUCAUUUGGUUGAAUGUUAUAAAAAUUUAUUUUUAUUAGCACCUGAAGAUGCUUCAGAAUUAGAACAAGCUGCUUUAAUUGCAAAAAAUUUAAUUUCAUUAACUUAUUCAGCUACUGUUCCAGAAUUAGCUUCAUUAGAAAAAUUAUUAGGAUUAAUGUAUGAAUCUUCAUUAAUUAAUGAAACUGUUAUUAAAGUGCUAUGGCAAAUUUAUAGUUUCCAAAAUCAAACUUUUUCUAAAAAACAACGUCGUGGUUCUAUAAUUGUUUUGGGGAUGCUUGCAUUAUCCGAUAAUGAAAUUACAAUGAAAGGUAUUGAUGCUCUUUUAACUAUUGGUUUAGGUCCAAAGGGUAAAGAAGAUUUAAUCUUGGCUAAAUAUUCAUGUAUUGCACUUUAUAGAGUUGUUCCAAAUGAUAAAAAUAUAACUUUAUCCAAAGUACCAAGAGAAAAAGAAGCUAUUGAAAAACUAGGUUCACUUUUAAUUGAAUAUAAUUCAAAUAGUGAAUAUUUUAGUGUUGCAGAACAAGCUAUAAAUACAAUUUUCAAUAUUUCAAGUAAACCUGAAGAAGUUACUACUGAAAUAAUAAAACAAAAAACCAAGAUGACUUUUGGUAAACUGAUAGAAGGUCAAUCACAAGUUGUUUCAUUAUCACAAUUAUUAUUUAUAGUUGGUCAUGUUGCUAUAAAAGUUAUUGUUCAUCUUGAAGUUCUUGAAGGUCAAUUUAAAAAAAAGAAAAUUGAAGCAGAAAUUGCUAAAAAUAAAGGUGAUAAAAAAGAUGAAGAUGCUAAUGAAUUAGAAAUGAUUGGUGGUACUUCAGAAGAUGAUUUUGCAGAUGCAGUUGCCUUCAUUAAAGAAAAGGAAAUUUUAUAUGGUGAAAAUUCAUUAUUAGCUAAAUUUGGUCCAUUAGUUAAAGAAAUUUGUUCAAAUAAUCUUAAAUAUGAUAAUAAGAUUUUACAAAGAUCUGCAGUUCUUUGUAUGGAAAAAUUAAUGUGUGUUUCAUCAAAAUAUUGUGAAGAUAAUUUAGCUUUAUUAAUUACAAUUAUGGAACGUUCAACUGAUCCAAUUAUUCGUUCAAAUGCAGUUUUAGGUCUUGGUGAUAUGGCUGUUUGUUUUAAUAAUUUGGUUGAUGAAAAUACAGAUUUCUUAUAUCGUCGUUUACAUGAUGAUGAAUUAAUGGUUAAACGUACAUGUUUAAUGACAAUUACAUUUUUAAUUUUAGCAGGUCAAGUUAAAGUUAAAGGUCAAUUAUCACAAAUGGCUAAAUGUUUAGAAGAUGAAGAUCAAGGAAUUAGUGAUAUGUGUAAAUUAUUCUUUACAGAAUUAGCAACUAAAGAUAAUGCAAUUUAUAAUGGAUUUAUUGAUAUUUUCAGUGGAUUAUCAAAUGAUGAAGAUUUAAGUAAAGAUGCAAUGAAACGUAUAAUUAAAUUUUUAGUUUCAUUUAUUGAAAAAGAAAGACAUCAAAAACAAUUAAGUGAUAAAUUAGUUCAAAGAAUUAAUAAAGUUGAAAAUGAAAAACAAUGGAAUGAUGUUGCAUUUGUUUUAGGUGCAUUACCAGUUAAAAAUGAUACAAUUACACAAAUUUUAGAAGAUGGUUAUAAAAUGGUUGCAGCUCGUACAUGA